GAGAAUGGACGAAGCUGUCGUUCGGCACAAGAUGACCGAGUUCUGGCAGGAGCACUCCCAGCAGGCCACGGUGGAGGAGAUGAUGCUGGACUCCAAUGCCCAGCUGCUGACCCAACACGAGCUGCCCGAGAUCCUGGCUCUGCUGCCCGAUCUGGAGGGCCUGACCGUGCUGGAGCUGGGGGCCGGCAUCGGCUCCUGGUCUCUCUCUCUCUAUCCUCCCCUAACCUCUGGCCAUCAGAGGGAGGGGCUGCAGAUCCCCCUGUACUGUUGCCUGAUUGGCAUGUUCCCCUCCCCUUUCCAGAUGAAGAACAACCAGAACCAGCUGUGCUGGCUGCUGCAGAAGCUCCCUCGCGACCGCUCGGCCAAUGGGGGCUUCGACACCUUCCAGCAGUUCCUGGACAGCCAGCAGUACUCGCGCCGCGGCAUCCUGCGCUACGAGAAGAUCUUCGGCCGGGGCUACGUCAGCACCGGCGGGCCCAGCACCACCAAGGAGUUUGUGGACCUGCUGAAUCUGUCGCCUGGGCAGCGAGUGCUGGACGUGGGCUGUGGGAUCGGGGGCGGCGAUUUCUACAUGGCGAAGACGUUUGGCGCGCAGGUGCUGGGAAUGGAUCUGUCCUCCAACAUGGUGGAGAUCGCCAUGGAGAGGGCCCAGGAGGAGCACCUGCCCCUGGUGAGAGAGCAGCUGCAGAGCUGCACUGCCCGCAGGACACCUCGGGGCAGGACGGGAUCAUCGCAGUCUGUCCUUAACCUGAAGGAAAUUCAUGUUUCCAUUAAGCAUUGCAUCUUAGCUCGAAUGAGUUCGUGGCUGAAACCGGGAGGGAAGCUGCUGAUCAGCGACUACUGCUGCGGGGAGAAGCCCUGGUCGCCCCAGUUUGAGGCGUACGUCUGCCAACGGGGCUACACACUCUACACACCCCAGCGCUACGGAAAGUUCCUGGAGGAGGCAGGGUUUGGACACGUCCGCGCGGAGGACAGGACGGCCCAGUUCAUUAAGGUCAUCAAGGCGGAGCUGGAGAGAGCCGAGGGAAUGCGCCAGGAGUUCAUCGAGGUCAGAGUUCGCCAUCCGGCUGUCACACACCCUUGUUCCUGCUGCCUCCCAGACCAGUACUUAUUGCACACACAGUGUUUCCUGGGAGCGCGUUUCACUUUAAAGUUUUCUUUUAAGAGCCAUUCACUCUGCACCUGAUGCAAACAGAAAUUAGACGCAUCUCUCACUGCAGGAGAGACCACGUGCAAUGCUGACCUAACCACAGAAACCACAGAACUCAUUCGGGUUUUUGAAAAUCAUCCUGCAGCUCAUCCUACAGAUUUGAUGCCUCUUGAUAUAAAGGCCAAGAAACUCAAGCUUGAUUAAGUGUGGAAGACGAAUUCACAGAAAAUGGCCUUGCCUUAUAUAUACAUGGAACGGUAGCUUUUGUUACUUGGAAUGCUUGGGUUUUGAUGCAGUGUAUUACUAAUGACUUUAAUUUAAUCAUAUUAGUUCCUGUACACUGAUCACUGAUAAAGCUGUGAGGCAGAGAGAGGAAGGUG